UUGGUGUCUUAACAACUUUUUCUUGCUUUUCAUAUUUCAAUUAUACCAAUGUUUUUAAAGUAACUGUCUUAAAGAAGUUGUUAUGACCCCUCUAGAAGAUACAUAUAAAUGACUAACUUGUAAAACUAGUCUAAGGUGUUUAUACUGAGAUCAGUCAUCAAGGCGGCGGCACUAAAUAGGGUACAGCUAUUCCUUUAGGCAACUGUUAAAACUACUGUCAUUACACAUCUUGGAAAUACCUCAAGUGUGGGUAUGGCCAUGAGCGUUCAUGUGAAAGGUUUACCAAGGAAACUCAUGUUUACGAUAAUUAGCACGCGAGCGCAGCGCAGUGCCGCAUGUUUGCUCUGUGUUUACAAGUUUAUGCGUCUAUUUGUGCAAAUUUAGCUUAAAAAAAAUAUGUCCUUUGAUGUUGAUCUUAGCGAGCGACGUCAGAGAUAUAUCUCUUCUCUUAUCCCAUAAAGUGGAUAUGAUUUGAUCUCAUAUGGCUGUAAUAACUGCCCGAAAUUUGCAACAGAGUCGAGUGAGGACAACUUCCUUAAAGAGUAUUUGGUUUAAACUACGUCCACAACACCAUCUACCGGCUAAAAUAAUUGUAAGUCACAUUUCUUCGCACAUAAUAUACACACUAAUACUGCGUUCUCUUCCCACCUGUGUAUGCUGAGAGGCGGGGUUUGUGCGAGUUAUGUGAAUGACGUGGGUUGUUACAUCACGUGACUCAGCUUCCUUCAACUUCUCCGAUAAAAUGGAUCCGAAUAACUAAAAGAAACCGGAACGGGCUCUUGCUUUUAGAUCAGCAGUGAUCUAGUCCGCCACGCAACGUCUUUCUGCGCACAUUUAACGUUAAAGGUGCAGAGAUGGUGCAGAAAUAUCAGUCCCCCGUGAGGGUCUAUAAAUACCCGUUUGAACUCAUAAUGAUGGCCUACCAGAGACGAUUCCCAAAGUGUCCAUUGAUCCCCAUGUUUGUGAACAGCGAGACCAUCAACGAGAACCAAAGUGAAGAUGGAGCGACCCAUUUGGUAGAGCGCAAAUGUACUCUGGACGUGGAUGCCCCUCGCCUUUUAAAAAGGAUAGCAGGAGUGGACUACGUGUAUUUCAUUCAGAAGAACUCUCUGGACCGCAGACAGAGGACACUGCACAUAGAGGCCUACAAUGAGACCUUUUCCAACAGAGUCAUGGUCACUGAACACUGCUGCUACACGGUUCACCCAGAGAAUGAAGACUGGACCUGUUUUGAGCAAUCUGCUAGUAUGGACAUCAAAUCGUUUUUCGGGUUUGAGAGCACAGCCGAGAAAAUCGCCAUGAAGCAAUAUGCCGCCAGCAUUAAAAAGGGAAAGGAGAUCAUUGAAUUUUUCCUCAACCAACUGGAAGAGGAGGGUAUUACCCAUGUGCCCCGCUGGGUACCUCCUACCCCCAUCACAACAGCCAGGGCUAUCCCAGCAUGCAGCAGCAGAACUCACAGCGGCUCCACGGACGUCCCGCCAGCAUCUCCAGAUGACAAGUUGGACGCGGAUUACAUUUCACGUUAUCUGGGAAAGCUGACCCCUUUUCAAGAGAGCUGCCUUAUUCGCUUAAGACAGUGGCUGCAGGAAACACACAAAGGCAAGAUCCCUAAAGACCAGCAUGUGCUGCGUUUCCUGUACUCGAGGGACUUUAACCUGGAGAAGGCCAAAGAGGCUCUGUGUCAGACACUCACGUGGAGAAAACAACAUCAGGUGGACUUCCUGUUAGACACAUGGGAGUGUCCACCCCUGCUGCAGGACUACUACACCGGAGGCUGGCAUCACCAUGACAAAGAUGGUCGUCCUCUUUACAUCCUUCGACUUGGUCAGAUGGACACCAAAGGUUUAGUACGUGCACUGGGAGAGGAGACUCUACUGAGACACGUGCUGUCCAUCAAUGAGGAAGGGCUCAGGUGCUGUGAAGAGAACACCAAAAUCUUUGGAAAGCCAAUUAGUUCUUGGACAUGUCUGGUGGACCUUGAGGGAUUAAAUAUGAGGCACUUGUGGAGGCCAGGAAUCAAAGCCCUACUGAGGAUCAUCGAGGUUGUAGGAGCUAACUACCCCGAGACACUGGGCUGUCUGCUCAUACUGAGAGCUCCCAGAGUGUUUCCAGUCCUCUGGACUUUGGUUAGUCCAUUCAUUGAUGAAAACACACGGAAGAAGUUCCUCAUCUAUGCUGGUAAUGACUAUCAGGGUGCUGGGGGUCUGGUGGACUACAUCAACAAAGACUUCAUACCCGACUUCUUGGGAGGAGAUUGUUUGUGUGACAUUCCUGAGGGAGGUGUGGUGCCCAAAUCUCUGUACCGCACAGCUGAGGAACUGGAGAACGAGGAGGUCAAACUAUGGACUGAAUCCAUUUACAAGACCGCCAGCGUGUUUAAGGGGGCUCCACAUGAGGUGCUGAUCGAGGUUACAGAGGAGUCAUCUGUCAUUACAUGGGACUUUGAUGUGUGUAAAGGCGAUGUAAUCUUCAAUAUCUACCACUCCAGAAGAGCCCCUCAGCCCGCAAAAAAAGAAGCUCUGAGCACACACAACCUCGCCUGUCCGGGCAGCAACAACACCCAGUUCAUCGACAGAUCGUGGAUGCUUGGGCAAGACUACAGCAUGGUAGAGACAGCACUUACCUGCAGAGAGGGAGAGAGCGUACAGGGUUCUCAUGUGACCCGCUGGCCCGGAUUCUACAUCCUGCAGUGGCGCUUUCAUAGCACUCCAACAAACUCCUCAACCAGUCUGCCACGUGUGGAUGAUGUGCUGGCAUCUCUGCAGGUCUCCUCACACAAAUGCAAGGUCAUGUAUUUCAUGGAGGUGCUGCAGUCCACGGACUUCAGGGGCUCCAUGAGCAGCCUGGAGUCGAGUAACAGUGGCUUCUCCCUGCUCAGUGCUGCCACCACCUCAUCCAGCCAAUCACAGACGGGUUCAACCGUUUCUAGAUAACAUCAACUUCCAGAUGGACACCAAGACGCUGCUGUCGGCGGGUUUGGCAAAAAAAUCCUCUGUAGAUUUUGAAAUGGACUAACAUGGAAGCAGAUCAUGGUUAACAUAAAAAACAUAAUAAAUCCUUAUAUAAGCAAUGAUCAUUUUGAUCUCUGUUUUAUCUAGUGUGAUAUCUCAAGAUAUGAAUAACAAAUAUGCAAGUUUUCUCUACACUGUUACAAAUAAAUGUGUAAAUAAUGUUUACAUUUCUUGGUUGUUCAAAAAAGCAACAGGUUGCGCACCAUGCCUAUGAUAGGUUUAAGAGGUUAGUUGACAUGAGAUUUUAUGCCAUUUUUAUGACUUCAUAUACAGUCAAAUUAACAGGUUACAUGCAAUAUUUGUACUUUUAAAAAUGAACUUGUCUCACUGAAGCACUAUUUAUGUGAAUAAUGAAAAGAUUGUUUGAAGUGGUGAGGAACUAAAUAAAAAUGGUAACCAGCA